GACGAAAAGUCUCCGGCGCCAUGUUAGACAGCAAGGUAAAGGCGUAUGGGCGGUUUGACGGUGCUUUAGCGAUUUAUCCUCGAUUUUUCCCACUCGGAACUUUUUCUGCGCUCCCCUCGGCCCCGACUACCAAACAGAAACUGAAUUUUACUUUUGAUUUGGCUACUUACUUCCUGUUUUUGGUCCGGGGACUUGUAAGUUACCAGGAUGAAGGUAAAGUGCCAGGAUGGAGGGUCGGCCGUCCGAGGGCCCAGCGGGUUGCCAGAUAAGAGGAUUCUCCGUAAAAUGUUACAAACACUGUUAAAAAUGUUGGCAUGUGGGGAUGUUGAAGGCAGACUAAACGCUCUGUUCAAUCGAGUCCAGACCAUCCAGAAGAAGACCGGAGAGUUUGAUCUGCUGCUGUGCGUUGGAGAGUUUUUUGGAACGACACCAGAGGCUGAAGCAGAGUGGCAGCAGUACAAAGAUGGAGCCAAGAAAGCUCCCAUCCACACUUACAUCCUCGGAGCGGCGAGCCAGGAGACGGUGAAGAAUUUCCCCAGCGCUGAUGGCUGUGAGCUGGCCGACAACAUCACGUAUCUGGGGCGGCGAGGUGUGUUCACGGGCGUUUCAGGAUUACAGAUAGCCUACGUCAGCGGUCGGGAGGCCCUGCAGGAACCGGCCCCGGCUCACUGCUUCACGUCCAAAGAUCUGUCGGCCCUCGUGGCUCCGCUGACCAGCAACUCUAAAUUCAGAGGUGUCGACAUCCUGCUGACGUCACAGUGGCCCCGAGGAGUGUGGCAUUACGGAAAUAACCCGGAAGUGAACACUAAGUUCUGUGGUAGCGGCUCCGUCGCCAACCUCGCUGACAAACUGAAACCACGAUACCACUUUGCUGCACUAGAGGGCGCUCACUACGAAAGACUCCCAUACAGGAAUCAUGUUAUUCUCCAGGAAAACGCUCAGCACGUCAGCCGCUUCAUCGCCCUGGCAAGCGUCAACAACCCCGCCAAAAAGAAGUAUUUGUACGCCUUCAACAUAAUCCCCAUGAAGACCAUGGAUUCAUCAGAGCUGGUGAAGCAGCCGCAGGACGUGACAGAAAACCCCUACAGAUGCUCCACCAAAGACAAGACAGACAAUCAAAAGAGCGGCUUCAGCGCCACAGAGGAAGAGGAGCCGGCCCGUCAGUUCUUCUUCGAUCUGAGCAAGAAGCAGGGCGGAGGCCCUCGGGGACGCGGCUGGAAGAGACAUUCAGACGGACGAGGGCGAGGACGAGACCAGCACCACGACGGAGACGGGCAUCAUGAGGGACAGCCCAAACAGCCCCGCAGGCACCCUCAGCCGACUGGUCCCUGCUGGUUCUGUCUGGCCAGUCCUCAGGUGGAGAAACACCUUGUCAUCAGCAUAGGAUCACAUUGUUACCUGGCUAUGGCUAAAGGCGGUCUGACUCCUCACCACAUGCUGAUCCUCCCCAUCGGUCACUACCAGUCUGUGGUGGAGCUCAGCUCGGAGGUGGUGGAGGAGAUGGAGAAGUACAAGUCGGCCCUGAUGAGCUUCUACAAGAGCAAAGGAGAGCGCUGUGUGCUGUUUGAGAGGAACUACAAAAGCCAGCACCUGCAACUACAGGUCGUCCCGGUGCCACUGGACCGCUGCUCCACAGAGGACAUCAAGGAGGCGUUCAUGGUCCAGGCUCAGGAACAGCAGAUGGAGCUGAUGGAGAUUCCUGAACACACCGACCUCAAACAGAUUGCUCCUCCAGGGACUCCGUAUUUCUAUGUGGAGUUGGACUCGGGGGAGAAACUCUACUACCGCAUCCAGAAACAUUUUCCUCUGCAGUUUGGAAGAGAGGUUCUGGCCAGCGAGCCGUUACUGAACAUCCCGACUCGAGCUGACUGGAAGGAGUGUAAACAGAGCAGAGAGGAGGAGGAGGAGAGCUGCAAACAGCUGAGAGACGACUUCCAGCCGUUUGACUUCGCCUGGGAAGACUAACCCACACACAUGUAGAUACAGUUACCAUGACCACAGCCAGGAUCAUUGAUGGCAUUGCUGUUUUUGUUUACUGUUGUUUUAUUUUUUCUACAUUUCCCCCCUUAAACUAUAAAAAAGCAAUACUAUGACAUUUUGGGAAAUACGCUUAUUUGAUUUGUGACGGAGAGUUAGAUGAGACGAUUCAUACCACUCUCAUUGUGUGUGCGGUGAAUAUGAAGCCUGUUAGCUUAGCUUAGCAUAAAGACUGCAAAGAGUGAACUUUAAAAGUGCUGGUUGGCAGAUUUCGUUACCUUUGGACAGAUUCAAGGUAGCCGUUUAACCCUGUUUAAAGUCUUUAAGCUAAGCUACGCUAACCAGCUGCUGGCUCCAGCUCUCCAAGAAAUCAGAGUGCUAUCAAUCUUCUCAUCUUACUCUGGGCAAGAAUGCAAAAAAGCGUAUUUCCCAAAUACGGCCAAAUGUUUUAUACGGGUGUUGUCUUUUUAAUAAUAUUUGACAGUUGUUGCUUUUGAAGUCAUGGAGGGAACUGAGAUAUUUGCAGAAACGUUUUAUAAGCAAGGAUCAUAAAAGCGUCUGUUUAAAGUUAACAUUUUUCAUCUUUUGUUUAUCAAAGUGACAUUUAAAUUUAUGAAACUUGUAGAAACGUUUUCCAAAAACUAGAGACUUGUUGCCGGCAAGAAGCUGGGAGACAUGCUCAAAAGUGAUAAAACACAAUUAGGACUUCUGUGUGUUAAAUGUCAGCAGUGACUGGUUUGGAUUGCUGUCUUUUGGUUUGCAAAGAUGUUUGUCUUUUAGUACUUCCUGAUACAUAAAAAGACCAGAAAUCCACCUUCGAGUUUGUUCAGCUGCUUUUUCACAAUAAAAUAUAAAAUCUGCAGACUAAGGUUCUAAAAAAAACUUAGAUAAAAUACUGUUUAAAUCUGAACAGCAGCUGCGCAACCUUUUCUAUACUUCUUUUGUUUUAAGCUCAACUCUGGGGAUAAAUUGUUUUUUAAUGUAUUUCUUGUCUUUUGUAAAUGAACAAUAAUUAAACUCUCAUUUUCACAUUCA